CGCACACUUACUCAAAGAUUAUAUGGCUCACGUUUCUGUUGAGCUUUUAUCUCAUCGCAGGUUUUCUCUAUAAAUACGCUUCAAUAUAAAACUAAAGUCUCAUAUUCUUCACUUUAACUCAAUAGAUAUUCUCUCAAUAUAUUUGAUCUUAAUCUCCAUAAUAAAAACAAGAAUUGUGUAGUACUUAGUCAGAUAAAAAAAUGGCUAAGUUCACAACUUUCUUCUUCAUCACUGCCCUCCUCCUCUGCUCCAUGCUAACAUACAUAUCAGCUCGGCCCAUUUCAACUUCCGUUUAUCCGGAAGAAAUCUCCGUCCAGAAACUUGAACAAGGAGAGGAAAACUGCGAAGGUGUGGCUGAAGAAGAGUGCGUCUUGAUACGAAGAACUUUAGUUGCUCACACUGAUUACAUCUAUACCCAAAGCCACAAUCCUUAAUUGGUUAAUUAUUUUAUUUGAACAAUUUGGUAAACGAUAUACUGUGUCGUUGUACUCUCUUUAUUAUUAGUCAAACUACAUCACAUUUGUAAUCAUCGCUGUCACUUAAUAUGAAUAUAUAUGGGUAUUUGAUUACUAGUGUUUUAUAUUUUUUUCAUAUAAAAUUUUGAUUAUCA